AUGAAUUGCCCUUCGCGAACCGAUGAUACUCUCGAGCACCCGGGCUGGAACCAGAAUCCGCCCGCGCUGAAUGGCGACAUUACCACCCGAAACGAUUUCAACGGCAUCGCCAAUUCCAAGGUGCAUCGGAGGCAUGCGUCAGGAGGAAGUGGAGAGCCAGGUGAAGGGAUUAUGGCCAUGAAUCACAGACCGAAUAGUCUAGAUGGCAACGAGCCCGAGAUGGAGAAGAAGACCCCGGGCGAAGUGGUCGCUGCCACUUCCCGGGAUCAAUCGCCUGGGAGGAGCAGCGGAUCACCUCGCCGUCCUUUCAAUACAACAACUUUGUCUUUCUUUCUCCGUCUUGCUCAGACUGUCAAGAAAUUUGGUCGCUUCGUGGGCCCCGGAUUCCUAAUCGCCGUAGCUUACAUUGACCCGGGGAACUACUCCACCGAUGUCUCCGCAGGCGCAGAGUUCCGCUAUGCUCUGCUGUUCAUCGUGUUGGUCUCCAACUUGUUUGCCAUCUUCCUCCAAUCGCUGUGCAUUAAGCUCGGCACAGUGACGGGGCUUAAUUUGGCAGAGAACUGCAGGGAGCAUCUACCCAGGUGGCUGACCCUCAUCCUGUAUGCUUUUGCGGAGGCUGCCAUUGUGGCAACCGACAUCGCGGAGGUUAUCGGAUCUGCAAUCUCGCUUAAUCUCCUCCUGAAAAUCCCCCUCGUGGCCGGAUGCGCAAUCACCCUGGCCGAUGUUCUUUUCAUUCUGAUCUUCUAUAGGCCGAAUGGCGCCAUGUGGGGGUUGCGUCUAUUUGAAUUCUUCGUCAUGCUUCUAGUCCUGGGAGUUGUGAUAUGCUUUUGCAUUCAGCUCGCUCUUAUCAAGGAGCAAUCGGUUGGCGAUGUGUUCCGGGGCUACCUGCCUUCGUCCGCCAUAGUGCAAUCCGAAGGUUUGUACCAAAGCUGUGGAAUUCUCGGUGCGACAGUGAUGCCUCACUCCAUGUUCCUCGGAAGCGGGGUGGUCCAAUCGCGCCUGAAGGAAUUCGACGUUACGCAAGGCUACGUGGAUCCGUCUGUCUGUCUUGGGAGCACUGGCGGAGAAGUUGAAUACAGGCCUUCCAUCCAGGCCAUCCGGGGAUGUUUAAAGUAUUCCAUCAUCGAGCUUACCUUGUCCCUCUUCACAUUCGCCCUCUUUGUCAACAGCGCCAUUCUCAUCGUCGCCGGUGCCUCCUUGUACGGAACGUCGGGGGCUGAUAGUGCAGACCUCUGGGGCAUUUACAAUCUUCUUUGUAGCUCCAUCGCCCCUGCUGCAGGACUUAUAUUUGCACUGGCCCUUCUCCUUUCAGGAAUCUCCGCUGGCAUCGUCUGUACUAUGGCGGGCCAGAUGGUAAGCGAGGGAAUGCUGAACUGGAGCAUGAGACCUUGGCUCCGCCGACUCAUUACGCGAUCGAUUAGCAUCAUCCCUAGCAUAAUCAUUGCAGGAGCGGUCGGUAAGGAGGGAUUGGAUAAGACGCUAAACGCCAGCCAAGUGGUGUUGAGUGUUAUCCUCCCAUUCGUCUCCGCCCCCCUAGUCUACUUUACCUGUCGCAACCGUUACAUGACCGUCCCGACCGAUAGGAACUUCAGUGGUGAGGAUUCCUCGCCAGAAGGGGUCAAGAUGAGAAAUAACUGGUUUGUUACUGGCAUUGCUAUCGUUGUGUGGGUAAUCAUUGCCGUCAUGAACGUGGCUUUGCUUGUCCUUGUUGGGCUAGGCAAGGCCUGA